AUGGCUUCCCUACACACAGACCUUCAUUUUGUCUUGUUUCCUUUAAUGGCUCAAGGCCAUAUGAUACCCAUGGUGGAUAUUGCCCGAUUACUAGCCCAACGUGGCGCUACAGUUACCAUAAUCACUACUCCCAUUAACGCCAACCGUUUCAAACCGGUCAUUGCUCGGGCAAUAGAAGAUAAACUCAAGAUUCAAGUUCAUGAAUUCCCACUCCCAUUAGCUGAAGUUGGAUUGCCGGAGGGAUGUGAGAGCUUUGACAUGAUUCCAUCUGCUGCCCUCUAUGUCAAAUUGUUUCAGGCGGCUGAUUUGUUAGAGGAACCGGUAGAUAACAUGCUCCGGCGACUAACUCCGGCUCCAAGUUGCAUCAUUUCCGAUAAUCUUUUUCCUUGGACUAAUGAUAUAGCUCGGAGGUUGGGUAUUCCCAGGCUUAUUUUCCAUGGACCUGGAUGCUUCACCUUCGUGUGCAUACAUAUUCUGAUGAAUACUAAUAUACUACAUGAAACGGUGUCCGAUUCAGAGUACUUUGUGCUUCCUGGUAUAUCUGACCGGAUUGAGCUUACUAAGGCUCAAGGGUUGAGUUGGGGAAGGAAAGACAACGAACAAAUGGCAAAAAUGUUAGAACGAGUGCGUGUAGCAGAAGAAGCUGCAAACGGGAUUGUUGUUAAUAGUUUCCAGGAGUUAGAGCGUCACUAUGUUGAAGAACUUGCGAAGGUGAAAGAUAAGAAGGUCUGGUGUAUUGGCCCGGUUUCACUAUGCAACAGAAGUUUCCAAGAUAUAGCUGAGAGAGGAAGUAAGGCUGGAAUCAACGAACAUGAGUGCUUGAAAUGGUUAGAUUCGAGGGAGAAAAGUUCUGUAAUCUUUGUUUGUUUGGGAAGUCUAUCACGUACUUGUACUGAACAAAACAUUGAGCUUGCUUUAGGAUUGGAGUCAUCGAACAUACCCUUUAUUUGGUGUGUGAGACAUGCAACAGAAGAACUCGAGAGAUGGUUCUUAGAAGAAGGAUAUGAAGAAAGGGUGAAAGAUAGAGGCCUUAUCUUUCUUGGAUGGGCACCACAAGUCUUGAUUCUAUCACAUGGAGCAGUUGGAGGUUUCUUAACACAUUGUGGAUGGAACUCAACUCUUGAAGGUGUUACGGCUGGGGUCCCUAUGGUUACAUGGCCACAUUUUGCUGACCAGUUUCUCAAUGAAAGAUUUAUGGUAGAUGUCUUGAAGAUUGGUGUGAAAAUUGGCAUGGAGUUUCCGGUUAUAGCUGGAGAGCAAGACAAGUUUGGAGUUUUAAUUAAUAAAGAAGACAUCAAGACAUCAGUGGAAAGUCUAAUGGACAAAGAAGAGGAAGGAGAAGGAAGACGAAAGAGAGCUAGAGAGCUUGGGGAAAUGGCGAAGAGAGCGAUGGAGGAAGGGGGUUCGUCUCACAUCAACAUGACGUUGAUGAUUCAAGAUAUUAUCAAAGAAUUAGCCAAUAACACCAUGCCAAUUCAAGAUAUUGGGAAUGCAUUGUAA